GCUUUGGUUUCCCAGGGUUCGGACAGAUGGUUUGGACGGCCUAUGGAUUAUUACGGACAGCGGACAACAUGAGGUGACAUGGUGUAAAACAAUGGGGGCUAUUUGGACAAAGAUCUUCAGAAAUAAGGAAGUUCGAGUGCUGCUUCUGGGUCUGGAUGCUGUGGGGAAAACAACACUAUUGUACCGGCUAAAACUGGGAGAGUUUAACUUGGUCAUUCCUACUAUAGGGUUCAAUGUGGAGAGUAUUCAGUACAAAGAUAUCAAUUUCACUGCCUGGGACAUCGGCAGUCGUGAUAAGAUGAGGCCACUGUUCCGCCAUUACUACAAGGGGACCGAGGCCGUUGUCAUAGUGAUUGAUAGCCAUGACAAAGAAAGACUGGAUGAAUUGAACCAUGAUGUCAUCAAACCAGCACUGCAGGCGGAGGAACUCUCCGGCGCAUGUUUUCUCUUCCUGGCCAAUAAAUGUGACAUGGAGCCCCACAUGUCGUCGGAGGAGAUACAUGAUCGACUGGGACUACGACAGCUCAAACACACAUGGAAUCUUUUCCACGUAAGUGCCUUAAGGGGGGACGGACUGACCGAAGCGUUAGACUGGUUAGCCUUCCAGCUUGGAUCUGAAGAAAUCCGUAGAAAUGUCACCACAGAUUGUGAUGAUAAGACUGACAGAGCUGUGAGUGACGUUCCCUACUGCAGCCGAGCAUACACAGCUAUUAAAUGUUUCUUCUUCAGGCCGAGUCGUCAGGAUAAACUAGACGAUGGACGAUAAUGCUAUCAUGUCUAUCAGUUAAAAUCUUCAGUAAAAACUGGAAGAUGGAAGUUAUAACAUCUAUCAGCUCAGAUCGUCAAUACACACUGGAUGAUGGAUGAUGGAAGUUAAUUUAUCAUAAAUAUCAGUUCAAAUCAUCGGUAAGAACUAGACAAUGGGUGUUAUGAUUUCUAUUAGUUCAAAUCAUCGGUAAGAACUGGACAAUGGGUGUUAUGAUUUCUAUUAGUUCAAAUCGUCAGUAAGAACUGGACAAUGGGUGUUAUGAUUUCUAUUAGUUCAAAUCGUCAGUAAGAACUAGACAAUGGGUGUUAUGAUUUCUAUUAGUUCAAAUCGUCAGUAAGAACUGGACAAUAGAUGUUAUAAUUUCUAUUAAUUCAAAUCGUCAGUAAGAACUAGACAAUGGGUGUUAUGAUUUCUAUUCGUUCAAAUCGUCAGUAAGAACUAGACAAUGGGUGUUAUGAUGUCUAUUAUUAUGACAAUUGAUGAAAAAAUCAUCGCAUUUAUCAGAUUAUUUACAAUUCAGUGAUUAAUACAAUCAACCAAACAUAUUAUGAAAUGCAGCAUAUGUGUGGCUUGUUGUUAAUGUGGCAGCCAUAGUUUAGGACUGUGUGAGGGCGAUAGAUUUACUGUGAGGGCGAUAGAUUGACUGUGUGAGGGUGAUAGAUUGAUUGUAUGAGGGUGAUAGAUUUACUGUGAGGGUGAUAUAUUGACUGUGUGAGGGUGAUAGAUUGACUGUGUGAGGGCAAUAGAUUGACUGUGUGAGGGCGAUAGAUUGACUGUGUGAGGGGAAUAGAUUGACUGUGUGAGGGUGAUAGAUUGACUGUGUGAGGGUGAUAGAUUGUGUGAGGGUGAUAGAUUGACUGUGUGAGGGUGAUAGAUUGUGUGAGGGUGAUAGAUUGACUGUGUGAGGGUGAUAGAUUGACUGUGAGGGCAAUAGAUUGACUGUGAGGGUGAUAUAUUGACUGUGUGAGGGUGAUAGAUUGACUGUGAAGGUGAUAGAUUGACUGUGUGAGGGUGAUAGAUUGACUGUGUGAGGGUGAUAGAUUGACUGUGAAGGUGAUAGAUUGACUGUGUGAGGGUGAUAGAUUGACUGUGUGAGGGCGAUAGAUUGACUGUGAAGGUGAUAGAUUGACUGUGUGAGGGUGAUAGAUUGACUGUGUGAGGGUGAUAGAUUGACUGUGUGAGGGCGAUAGAUUGACUGUGUGAGGGCGAUAGAUUGUGUGAGGGCGAUAGAUUGACUGUGUGAGGGCGAUAGAUUGACUGUGUGAGGGUGAUAGAUUGACUGUGAGGGCGAUAGAUUGACUGUGUGAGGGUGAUAUAUUGACUGUGUGAGGGUGAUAGAUUGACUGUGAGGGCGAUAGAUUGACUGUGUGAGGGCGAUAGAUUGACUGUGAGGGCGAUAGAUUGACUGUGAGGGUGAUAUAUUGACUGUGUGAGGGCGAUAUAUUGACUGUGAGGGCGAUAGAUUGACUGUGAGGGUGAUAGAUUUACUGUGAGGGUGAUAGAUUGACUGUGAGGGCGAUAGAUUGACUGUGAGGGUGAUAUAUUGACUGUGUGAAGGUGAUAGAUUGACUGUGUGAGGGUGAUAGAUUGACUGUGUGAGGGCGAUAGAUUGACUGUGUGAGGGUGAUAGAUUGACUGUGUGAGGGCGAUAGAUUGACUGUGAGGGUGAUAGAUUGACUGUGAGGGUGAUAGAUUGACUGUGUGAGGGCGAUAGAUUGACUGUGAGGGUGAUAGAUUGACUGUGUGAGGGUGAUAGAUUGACUGUGUGAGGGCGAUAGAUUGACUGUGAGGGCGAUAUAUUGACUGUGUGAGGGCGAUAGAUUGACUGUGUGAGGGCGAUAGAUUGACUGUGAGGGCGAUAGAUUGACUGAGGGUGAUAUAUUGACUGUGUGAGGGUGAUAGAUUGACUGUGUGAGGGCGAUAGAUUGACUGUGUGAGGGCGAUAUAUUGACUGUGUGAGGGUGAUAGAUUGACUGUGUGAGGGCGAUAGAUUGACUGUGAGGGUGAUAGAUUGACUGUGUGAGGGCGAUAGAUUGACUGUGUGAGGGCGAUAGAUUGACUGUGAGGGCGAUAGAUUGACUGUGAGGGUGAUAUAUUGACUGUGUGAGGUUGAUAGAUUGACUGUGUGAGGGCGAUAGAUUGACUGUGUGAGGGUGAUAGAUUGACUGUGUGAGGGUGAUAGAUUGACUGUGUGAGGGUGAUAGAUUGACUGUGUGAGGGCGAUAGAUUGACUGUGAGGGCGAUAGAUUGACUGCAAGGGUGAUAUAUUGACUGUGUGAGGGCGAUAGAUUGACUGUGUGAGGGUGAUAGAUUGACUGUGAGGGUGAUAGAUUGACUGUGUGAGGGUGAUAGAUUGACUGUGUGAGGGUGAUAGAUUGACUGUGAGGGCGAUAGAUUGACUGUGUGAGGGCAAUAGAUUGACUGUGAGGGCGAUAGAUUGACUGUGAGGGUGAUAGAUUGACUGUGUGAGGGCGAUAGAUUGACUGUGAGGGCGAUUGAUUGACUGUGAGGGCGAUAGAUUGACUGUGAGGGUGAUAUAUUGACUGUGUGAGGGUGAUAGAUUGACUGUGUGAGGGCGAUAGAUUGACUGUGUGAGGGUGAUAGAUUGACUGUGUGAGGGUGAUAUAUUGACUGUGAGGGCGAUAGAUUGACUGUGAGAGGGCGAUAGAUUGACUGUGAGGGUGAUAGAUUUACUGUGAGGGUGAUAGAUUGACUGUGAGGGCGAUAGAUAGACUGUGAGGGUGAUAUAUUGACAGUGUGAGGGUGAUAGAUUGACUGUGUGAGGGUGAUAGAUUGACUGUGUGAGGGUGAUAGAUUGACUGUGUGAGGGCGAUAGAUUGACUGUGUGAGGGCGAUAGAUUGACUGUGAGGGCGAUAGAUUGACUGUGAGGGUGAUAUAUUGACUGUGUGAGGGCGAUAGAUUGUGUGAGGGUGAUAGAUUGACUGUGUGAGGGUGAUAGAUUGACUGUGUGAGGGUGAUAUAUUGACUGUGUGAGGGCGAUAGAUUGACUGUGUGAGGGCGAUAGAUUGACUGUGAGGGCGAUAGAUUGACUGUGAGGGUGAUAUAUUGACUGUGUGAGGGUGAUAGAUUGUGUGAGGGUGAUAGAUUGAUUGUGAGGGCGAUAGAUUGACUGUGUGAGGGUGAUAGAUUGACUGUGUGAGGGUGAUAUAUUGACUGUGUGAGGGUGAUAGAUUAACUGUGUGAGGGUGAUAGAUUGACUGCGAGGGCGAUAUAUUGACUGUGAGGGUGAUAGAUUGACUGUGAGGGUGAUAGAUUGACUGCGAGGGCGAUAUAUUGACAGUGUGAGGGCAAUAGAUUGACUGUGUGAGGGUGAUAGAUUGACUGUGAGGGCGAUAGAUUGACUGUGAGGGUGAUAGAUUGACUGUGUGAGGGUGAUAAAUUCACUGUGAGGGUGAUAGAUUUACUGUGAGGGCGAUAGAUUGACUGUGUGAGGGUGAUAUAUUUACUACGUGAGGGCAAUAGAUUGACUGUGAGGGCGAUAUAUUUACUACGUGAGGGCAAUAGAUUGACUGUGAGGGCGAUAUAUUUACUACGUGAGGGCAAUAGAUUGACUGUGUGAGGGCAAUAGAUUGACUGUGAGGGUGAUAGAUUGACUGUGUGAGGGUGAUAUAUUUACUACGUGAGGGUGAUAGAUUGACUGUGUGAGGGCGAUAUAUUUACUACGUGAGGGCGAUAGAUUGACUGUGUGAGGGCGAUAUAUUGACUGUGUGAGGGCGAUAGAUUGUGUGAGGGCGAUAUAUUGUGUGAGGGCGAUAGAUUGACUGUGAGGGCGAUAGAUUGACUGUGAGGGCGAUAGAUUGACUGUGAGGGCGAUAGAUUCCAAGGAUUGUAUUUCAGUGUUGUAUAGUCGCUUAAGUCGCUAGACCUGAUGUCAUAACAUUUGAAUGGCCUGGAAAGUAGUAGCUACUAAUUAUAUAUAUAACAUCACAGGGAGUUUGAUGUGUAUGUUAUGGAGUGUAAGUAGAACCACUCCCCAAAUUUACCAAACCAAAAAGAUAUCAAUGACUUUUAUUUAAUUAUACAUGUAUCUCAUAAAAAAAACCAAAAAAACCCAGAUUUAUUUUUUCUUCUUUUAAAAUUUGCUAUAAUGUUCUUCAUUUGAUAUAAAAUAUUUCGUUUUGUUUAUAUAUAUGUUUUUACAUUCUUGUAAUGUUUUGAAAUUUCCAUUCGGGGAUUGUGUGUGCGUGUUCAAAAAUUCAAGUCUUAGAAAAAUAUAUUGAUCAACCUAUUCUUGAUUAAUACCUUAAAGCUAUAUGUUUUAAGCUGAACUUUCUGAUGGAUUAUGGGAUUAUAAAAAUUUGAAUAAAAAGGAAGAUUAGCUGAUAACUUGUGUCUAAGUUAAUCGGGAUUCUCCCCUUCAGUAGGGAAGGUUAUCAGACCUGACUACAGGUGGCCAAGGUAAUUAGCUAGAAUGUAUACAUAAUAUGAGUAUAUAUAAACUGAAUUGUGAUGCUCACAAAAAGGGACUGACCUCUAUCUACUGGAGGUCACUUACUAGAUGUGGUCAAAAAUUAUGGUGGUCACCAAGUACAUGUGGUCAUUAUGUACAGGUGGUCAUUAUAUACAGGUGGUCAUUAUGUACAGGUGGUCAUUAUGUACAGGUGGUCACUAAGUACAGGUGGUCAUUAUGUACAGGUGGUCAUUAUAUACAGGUGGUCAUUAUGUACAGAUGGUCAUUAUGUACAGGUGGUCAUUAUAUACAGGUGGUCAUUAUGUACAGGUGGUCAUUAUGUACAGGUGGUCAUUAAGUACAUGUGGUCACUAAGUACAGGUGGUCAUUAAGUACAGGUGGUCAUUAUAUACAGGUGGCCAUUAUGUACAGGUGGUCAUGAUAUACAGGUGGUCAUUAAGUACAGGUGGUCACUAAGUACAGGUGGUCAUUAUGUACAGGUGGUCAUUAAGUACAGGUGGUCAUUAUGUACAGGUGGUCAUUAUGUACAGGUGGUCAUUAAGUACAGGUGGUCAAUAGUUGACACUAAAUACAAGAAGAACUGAUCAACAUUGUAAAGUUCGAAGGAGUUAUCUCCCUUCUAUAAACAAGCCGCUACCUCCCUGUAUAACAAUGUAUCGUACAGGAUGUAGAGAGAGUAGAGAGAGUAGAGAGUGUAGAGAGAGUAGAGUAGAGAGAGUAGAGAGAGUAGAGAGAACUAUAUUUCUAUACAACACACAUUCAUUGGGACAUCUUCUGGACUUUCUGGUAAAUUAUUUUUAAUUCUUACUUGAAUAUGGCGUCUUUCUUAAACUGUGAAGAUUUCAACUCUUACUUUUGAAAUAUUAAAUCUGAAACCCUUGAGCGUUUCUGGGAAAUUGUUACUGGAAAAGUUUGAAGAUGUUUGAUUGAAUGAUGACAGAGUUUUAUGUCCUGACAGACAAGAGGGCAGGUUUAACUGUCGAGGUGGUACACUCUGAUGAAGUGGUCCAAACAAAUGAAAUACCAAAGCCCGAGUGAUUUUUAAUUGAGUUUCAAUGUACACCCACAUCAGUAAAAUACAAUGGUUCCAGAAUUCUAGACAGCCAUUUAACAACAAAAUCUGUUGUUGGUUUAUAAGUUAUUAUAUUGUGAAAUAAAAAUGUAAUAUUUUAACAAAUGUUUUAUAGAUGAAUGGCUUGUUCUAGCUAUAUUGUACAUAAUAUUAAUGUAGGUAUGUUGUAAAGGGGAGACCACUCCUACUCAUAAAGAUAUAGUUGUGUGAUACGGACCUGCUGACUGUGAUAAUAUAGACUAUUGUGUGUAAUAUUAAAUGUACUAACAUGCUUAAUGUAUUGAUGUCUCUCAUAACAGAUCUCAUAUUCAUGAUGCUUGCUACACAUGAAGCAGGGUGUUAGCUUUUAUAUAUAUAUAUUUAUAUAUUACAUGCUUGUCAACCCUUUGGUCUGUCUCUAACAUGUAAAAAUAUGACUACAUUGACAAGGUCAAAGGUUGAUCACUUGAUGUGGUUAGCCAAAGGUCAAGGUCACUGUUUACAAAACAUAAUUUCAUCCUCACACAUUAUCAUUCUGUCAACCUUAAUUUAUCAGUCAGUAAAUGUUUCUAUUUACAGCUUUAUUAACAUGCAUUCAACAAAUUAAGUGUGAUCUUUCAAAGGUCCAAACUUAGGUCACUGUUAAAAACCCCAAAAGAGCAUUGUCCUUUUCAUCAGGCUAGCAGUGUUUAUGAGCAGGAUAGGCCAAGGUCACUGUCACCAGGAAUAUCUUAGUUUAACUAUUUCUGUUAUCACUGGGUCAGACACUGUGGCUAAAAUAGUUUAACUAUUUCUGUUAUCACUAGGUCAGACACUGUGGCUAAAAUAGUUUAACUAUUUCUGUUAUCACUAGGUCAGACACUACGGCUAAAAUAGUUUAACUAUUUCUGUUAUCACUGGGUCAGACACUGUGGCUAAAAUAGUUUAACUAUUUCUGUUAUCACUGGGUCAGACACUACGGCUAAAAUAGUUUAACUAUUUCUGUUAUCACUGGGUCAGACACUACGGCUAAAAUAGUUUAACUCUUUCUGUUAUCACUUGGUCAGACACUACGGCUGAAAUAGUUUAACUAUUUCUGUUAUCACUAGGUCAGACACUACAGCUAAAAUAGUUUAACUAUUUCUGUUAUCACUGGGUCAGACACUACGGCUGAAAUAGUUUAACUAUUUCUGUUUUCACUAGGUCAGACACUACAGCUAAAAUAGUUUAACUAUUUCUGUUAUCACUGGGUCAGACACUACGGCUGAAAUAGUUUAACUAUUUCUGUUAUCACUUGGUCAGACACUACGGCUGAAAUAGUUUAACUAUUUCUGUUAUCACUAGGUCAGACACUACAGCUAAAAUAGUUUAACUAUUUCUGUUAUCACUGGGUCAGACACUACGGCUGAAAUAGUUUAACUAUUUCUGUUAUCACUGGGUCAGACACUGUGGCUAAAAUAGUUUAACUAUUUCUGUUAUCACUAGGUCAGACACUACGGCUAAAAUAGUUUAACUAUUUCUGUUAUCACUGGGUCAGACACUACGGCUAAAAUAGUUAAACUAUUUCUGUUAUCACUGGGUCAGACACUGUGGCUAAAAUAGUUUAACUCUUUCUGUUAUCACUGGGUAAGACAAUACGGCUAAAAUAGUUUAAUUAUUUCUGUUAUCUUUUGGUCAGACACUGUGGCUAAAAUAUACUUUGACAUAGGAUAUCACUUUGAGUGAAAUCGUAUUUGAUCUGACCAGAAAUUGUUUCCCUUAAACAAUUGUUAAUAGCCAAGAGGCCUUGAAAAAUGGCCAAGCUUGUAAACUGCUAAAGUGAAGGGCUCUCAGAUUUGUUAUAAUGACUGUCCUUCAUUGUUUUCAAGGUCACAAAGGAAAAUCUGUUGUAAUAUUUCAACAAUGUCCUAUGAAUAGCCAGAUUUCCAAGGGCCAUGAUAUCUGUUAGAUGUCUUAGGCCAUGCAAUUUCAUCAACAUUCCUUAAUUUAAAAUUUUCUAUAGGAAAGCAUUCUUAGAUUUAAGAAAAAAAAACUUUUAACUAAAGAACUUUAUUAAAUCUGUAAUGCUUUCCUGCAGAAACUGUUUAAGUUAAGGAAUAUCCUUCAGUAAGAAAUGUUGAUGAAUCCAUGGAUGGCGCAUCUGGAUGUCAGAGGUUUUGAAAAAAUCUUUAAGUGGUUAAUUUCAGCGUUCAUAUUAUUUACAGUAGUAUAAACUCAGACAUAUUCUUUAUAGCUGUGUUUUAGUCUUUGUACAACAUUGUACAAUAUUGAUCUUUUGUGGUUUUUUUCAGUAAGAAAAGGAAUUAGGUCACUUUAAGCCAAAUAUAAUCAAAAAUGAAUUAGGUAGUGACACAAUGUCUUGUUGAAGGACAUCUUCGAAGUAAACUUCAUCCCCAUCGUUGUUUUCAAACAAAAUGUGGGUUCCAUUGAUCAAAUGGAGGCAUUUAAAUUUCAAUAUAACAAUUCAAUGCCAAACAAUGUGUGAUAUUUUCCUAACUUCUCAUGUAUUUUCCUCAAAACGCAUUUGUGAACUCUAGAUAAAUGACAGAUAUUAUUGACGUGUUACCUAUAGACAGGUAUUGUGUCCCCACAGUAGAUAAAGUACAGAUAUGAUUGACGUGUUACCUAUAGACAGGUAUUGUGUCCCGACAGUAGAUAAAGUACAGAUAUGAUUGACGUGUUACCUAUAGACAGGUAUUGUGUCCCCACAGUAGAUAAAGUACAGAUAUGAUUGACGUGUUACCUAUAGACAGGUAUUGUGUCUCCACAGUAAACUCUAGAUAAAGUACAGAUAUGAUUGACGUGUUACCUAUAGACAGGUAUUGUGUCCCCACAGUAGAUAAAGUACAGAUAUGAUUGGCUUGUUACCUAUAGACAGGUAUUGUGUCCCCACAGUAAACUCUAGAUAAAGUACAGAUAUGAUUGACGUGUUACCUAUAGACAGGUAUUGUGUCCCGACAGUAGAUAAAGUACAGAUAUGAUUGACGUGUUACCUAUAGACAGGUAUUGUGUCCCGACAGUAGAUAAAGUACAGAUAUGAUUGACGUGUUACCUAUAGACAGGUAUUGUGUCCCGACAGUAGAUAAAGUACAGAUAUGAUUGACGUGUUACCUAUAGACAGGUAUUGUGUCCCGACAGUAGAUAAAGUACAGAUAUGAUUGACGUGUUACCUAUAGACAGGUAUUGUGUCCCGACAGUAAACUCUAGAUAAAGUACAGAUAUGAUUGACGUGUUACCUAUAGACAGGUAUUGUGUCCCCACAGUAGAUAAAGUACAGAUAUGAUUGACGUGUUACCUAUAGACAGGUAUUGUGUCCCGACAGUAGAUAAAGUACAGAUAUGAUUGACGUGUUACCUAUAGACAGGUAUUGUGUCCCGACAGUAAACUCUAGAUAAAGUACAGAUAUGAUUGACGUGUUACCUAUAGACAGGUAUUGUGUCCCGACAGUAGAUAAAGUACAGAUAUGAUUGACGUGUUACCUAUAGACAGGUAUUGUGUUGUAGAGUUAUGAUUUGUAAUAAAGUUUGCAAUAAAA